AUGCGCCCCUUCCUCACCGCAAGUAGCACAGUUGCACUGUCGUCGUCCAGGCAUAACAAGACAACACUGAAGACCACCACACCACGGAUUGGUAUCGUACCCGACGCGAAGAAAUUCCCCAGAGUUGUCUGCAGAAUGAAGACACGGAUGGGGGAGCCGGCGAAGCUCCCUAAAGACUGUCGCACCAGUGGGAGAAGUGUAUUUCUUGGCAAAAGCCUGCACUACACUGCCCCUCCAAGCCACUUGGAGGCAGUUAUGUAA